AUGUCGGGAACGCAAGAAGCUGAGCCGCGCCCUGCGCCGGCUCUGCAGGUGGACAGCGACCUGUUCACAGGGUCAUCGCAGUCCGCCUCGCUCGCAAGCUCAUUCCACUCGGACCACCAAGAGAACACGUUGCACAGUGGCGCCUCGAGCACCGAAAGCCAUGCUGCGCCUCCGCUCCAGCCUGCCGCGCUGAAUACACAGGCGCCGCCGGCGCCGGCAGCCCCCGAGACUUCGAAUGCACCGGCCCCGCGCCACCGCGGCCUCGGCAGCUUCUUCACGCGAUCAGGGAACGAUACCCCGUCGGGCUCGGUACACGACGAUCUGGGGUCCGACGGUACCGCAACGCCCAAGCAGGCGACACGGAAGAAGAGCGAUCACUUUUCGCACCCUUUGAAUGAUCUACGCCGCUUCCUCCAUAACCAUAUUGGGCACUCCAACGCGCGUGACAAACAGGCACCUAAAGGCGAUCGGAAUGCCCGCGACAAAGCGCGGCAGCGCAACGAUUCGGUGUCGCGGAAUAGCGUGCGUGGCACCGACUCGCCGCCGUGGGCCAUCAGCAAUGCAGGCAUCAGCAAAAAGUACGGGCGAUGGGGCCGGACGCUCGGUACGGGUGCAGGCGGUACGGUGCGUAUCAUCAAGCGCUCCAAGGAUCAUGCUGUGUUUGCCGUGAAAGAGUUCCGUGAGCGGCGACAGGACGAGCCCGAGAAGGAGUACAUCAAGAAGGUCACCGCUGAGUUCUGCGUCGGAAGCACGCUGCACCAUAUCAACAUUAUCAAGACGCUGGACAUCAUCAGUGACAAUGGGCACUACUACGAAGUGAUGGAGUAUGCCCCUAAUGAGCUCUUUGCUGUGGUCAUGAGCGGCAAGAUGGGAUACAAUGAGACGAACUGUGUCUUUCGCCAGAUCGUCGACGGUGUUGACUACUUGCACGGCCUCGGCCUGGCGCACCGUGAUCUCAAGAUCGAUAACUGUGUCAUGACCAGCGACGGGAUUGUCAAGAUCAUCGACUUCGGCACGGCCACCGUCUUUCAGUCGCCCGGUAAGAGCAAGGUGCUUGCGAGCGGCAUUGUCGGCUCGGACCCUUACCUCGCGCCCGAAGUCUUGUCACAGCAGACGUACGACGCGCGCCUCACGGAUGUCUGGAGCUUGGCCAUCAUCUACAUCUGUAUGAGCAUGCGGCGCUUCCCGUGGAAGUUGCCCGACCCCGAAGUCGACUCGAGCUUCCAGAUCUUUGUCUCGGCGCACCCCGAGCUGUGCCAGACGAGCGACGCGCCGGGCCCGGACUUGUCGAGCUCGGAGGAAGCCGCGGCAAACGACAGUUGCAUCAGCUCGCUGCUCGACAAUGUGGAAAACAGCGAAAUGUUCCGCUCGUUCACGAGCGACGGCGCACCGCGCAUUCCCACGGCAGUGGAGGCAGGCUACCUGGUCGGUGGCUCCGACUCGAACCCCGUGACGCCCAUCACCACGACGGAGCGGCGCAACGCUGGCGAGACCGGCCACAGCGAAGCGGCGCCAGUGAAGCGCGGCCCUUCGACGCCGCAGCGCGCCAUGACCAUGCCGGACGAGACAGACGUCGACCUCCCGUCGCGCCCUGCGUCGCGCGCCGCAUCGCCCGACGCAUCCGCGAGUGGUACGCCGAAUGCCGAUGGCGGCGGCCAAGGCCGCGCCGCACACGGCAACGACGCCGACCACUCGCCUGCGUCGCCCUCCGAGGACCCUCAGCCGCGUGCGGCCGACAGCCUGUUCCGGCUGCUGCCCAUCGCGGCGCGCCCGGCCCUGUCGCGUAUGCUGAUGCUCGACCCCCGCAUGCGCGCGACGCUCGGCGACCUCUUGCGUGGCCGCAGCUACGGCAGCAUGGACGGACCCGUAUCCGCGUCCGAGUACCGCAAGCAGCACUUUGAGUCGGACCAGCAAGCGCCCUCUGCGCAAGGCACGCCGCUCCAGCGUGGCAGCUACGUGGACGUCUAUGAGAAUGACGAGGAUUCGGGCGAUCACUGGCUAAAGACGAUCAACACGUGCUCGCACUGGUACCACGACAAAGGCCACGGGAAUCAGCCCGAUGUGCACCUCUCCAAAGACGAGAAUACUUUUGCGGACAUGGGCUUCCGGGCCAUCUACGCUGUGGAUGAGAAGUUUGUGGAACGCCCGCCCCCCAACCACAUUCACGUUUCGGCGCCGCCGCCCGAUGGGAAACGGCGUUUGUUCCAGCGGAAAGAUAGUUAA